UACUUGGUGGAGGCUUUAUGGAAACGAUACUCCCGAGUUAAGGAAGAUGGCAAUGAAGAUUUUGGGCUUGACAACUAGCUCUUCGGCUUGUGAAAGAAAUUGGAGUACAUUUGAGAUGAUUCAUACGAAGAAGAGGAAUAGACUAACUCAUAAAAAACUUCAUGAUUUAGUCUUUGUCAAGUUCAAUGCAAAGUUGAAGAAUAAGCAUGCCGUCCCAAAUAGAGAUCCUUUAACCACCUACGAUGAUGAGGAAAGAGUCACUGAAUGGUUGUUGGGUGAGGAGGGGAAUAAUAGUGAUGAUGAAGUAUUUCCGGGAGAGUGUUUAACUUUUAGGCAAGUUGGAGAUAUUUCGGGAGCUAAUCCAAGGAAGAGAAAGAGUGGAAGGUUGCAAACUUAUAAAAGAAAGAAGGGAUCAUCUUCAUCGAAAGGAAAAGAGCCGAUGGAAGAUGAUGAGGAAGAAGAGAUGGAUGCGUUCUUCACGGAGUCGGAUGAGGAUGCUAAUGCUACUUUUGAGGAUGAUGAUGAAGAUGGAUUCUAGACUUUCUAGUUAUCUUAUCUUUUAUGUUAUUAUGGAUUUGCUCUUGAAUGUUAAACAAUUUUAAACUAUUUGUAGCUUUAAAAACUUGUUUGUAUGUUUUGAUUUGCUUAUGUUUGAUAUGAAUCUUGUGAGUUGUGAUCUCCAUUCUAUAUGUUAUAUCUUAUAUGUUACUUGCUUUAUUCUUUACAUGCUAUUCUAUGUUUACUAACAAUGUUUUCUCAUUUUGUAGGUCAAGCACCCAAAUUGUUUCAGGAUGCAAUCGAGAA